UAAUGUAAAAGCAUUAAAAUGUUACCGUUGGAUUUCCAAUUCUCUCCUAUAUAGGACCGGCCAAAUUUGAAUGGAUUGCUCACUCUUAACAACUGCCUUACAAGAAACGGAAGGUUCGAGGAAAGAAAAGCAAGAAACUCCAAGGGAGAACUAGGAGGAAAUCCAAAGUAAAUCAAGAAAGAUCGCCCCUUAGAAACCGUUUUGUGAGUUCUCCAUCCAAAGUUUUCAAUCAUAGGUAUUGACUGGAAUUUGGACCACGAAAGUUACGAAUGGCAACGCAAGCUGGCAGUCUAAUCCAAGAUCAGAACUUCAAUCCUCGCUACAAUGGUGCUUCUGUUGGGGGAAAGAGUAAUGUCUUGAAAGCAGAGAGGAAAGCGGGGCUUGGUGGAAGGAAGCCUCUUUGUGAUUUAUCGAACUCAGGGAAGCCUGCUCCUUUAAAUCAGGCAACAAAAAAGCAAAGUUCCAAAAAUCUCGCUUUAAUUGAUGAAGAUUCAGGCGUUUCUAAACUCAGAAAUGAUACAAACAAAAAGAAAGGCAUCUCCAAAGUCAUUAAAACCGUGCUGGCCGGUAACAGGAAGGCUCUUUCUGACAUUUCAAACUCUGGAAAAGCACGUCUGAAUGAGGCACCAAAGAAGAACCUUAAGAUGAAGCUUAGUGCUGUUGCAGAAGAACAACUUCAUCAACCCAAUGCUAUUGCCGACGAACAAUUUCUGCACAAUCAUCUCGAGUGCAUCAAAGCACAGACAAAGGCCAUGGACAUGGAUGAAUUUCUGAAGACAGUUGGACUAGAUAAUGCUCAUCCCAAAUACUUUACAUUUCCUCGUGCACCACCAGUGUCAAGUAAAACGAAGAUAGAAAGCCCCCUGAAGAAGUACCAUCUUGAUUUGGAAGAGAUGGCCGAGCAGGUGAUUGAAGACGGAGGAUCUUCUUGGAAGCAUGAAGAUCCUGCCUCUCCUCCUCCAUGCAAGACCCCAAAAUCAGUCUAUCACUUCACAUUCUGCAACGACUACGAUUUCAUCAACUUUAAGUUGAUGGAGACUCCAGAAUUGCCAAGGCAUUGAUUUGGUUUUCCUUCGUGUAAAAAUGCAUGUUCUUUCAGGAUGUAAAAUCUGGUGCUAAAGAAGUA